AUGCCGUAUGACGACCUUGUUUGCUUUAGAGAUAUCAAACCUGGUGCCCCCCACCACUAUCUGGUGGUGCCGGUGGAGCACAUGGGAAACUGCAAAACACUGAAGGCAGAACACAUACCUGUAGUGAAGAAGAUGAUGGAAGUUGGAAAAGCCGUCCUCCAGAGAAAUAAUUUUAGUGACUUGAAUGAUAUAAGAAUGGGUUUUCACUGGCCUCCAUUCUGCUCAAUAUCCCACUUGCAUCUUCAUGUCCUGGCCCCAGCCAGUCAGCUAGGAUUCUUAUCCAGACUCGUGUACAGAAUCAAUUCCUACUGGUUUAUCACGGCUGAACAACUGAUUGAGCGACUGCAAACUGAAAAUGCUGCCAGUUGA